UGACGCAAGGCCCGGGUCGGCCUGUCAGUCAGAGCGCUGCUAGGUAAGCGCCUGGGGGCCCUCGGGGCCGGCGCAGGCAUGGCGGCGGUGUUUGACCUGGACCUGGAGACGGAGGAAGGCAGCGAGGGCGAGGGCGAGCCAGAGUUAAGCCCCGCGGACGUGUGUCCCCUUGCCGAGUUGAGGGCGGCUGGCCUGGAGCCUGUGGGACACUAUGAAGAGGUGGAGCUGACUGAGAGCAGUGUGAACCCGGGCCCUGAGCGCAUCGGGCCCCACUGCUUCGAGCUGCUGCGCGUGCUGGGCAAGGGGAACUAUGGCAAGGUGUUCCAGGUGCGAAAGGUGCAGGGCACCAAUGUGGGCAGAAUAUAUGCCAUGAAAGUCCUGAGGAAGGCCAAAAUUGUGCGCAACGCCAAGGACACGGCACACACGCGGGCUGAGCGGAACAUUCUAGAGUCAGUGAAGCACCCCUUCAUUGUGGAACUGGCCUAUGCCUUCCAGACUGGUGGCAAACUCUACCUCAUCCUGGAGUGCCUCAGUGGCGGCGAGCUCUUCACACAUCUGGAGCGAGAGGGCAUCUUUCUGGAAGACACGGCCUGUUUCUACCUGUCAGAGAUCACACUGGCCCUGGGCCAUCUCCACUCCCAAGGCAUCAUCUACCGGGAUCUCAAACCUGAGAACAUCAUGCUCAACAGCCAGGGUCACAUCAAACUGACGGACUUCGGCCUCUGCAAGGAGUCGAUUCACGAGGGUGCCGUCACCCACACCUUCUGCGGCACCAUCGAGUACAUGGCCCCUGAGAUUCUGGUGCGCAGUGGCCACAACCGGGCGGUGGACUGGUGGAGCUUGGGGGCCCUGAUGUACGACAUGCUCACUGGAUCGCCACCCUUCACUGCAGAGAACCGGAAGAAAACCAUGGACAAGAUCAUCAGAGGGAAGCUGGAGCUGCCCCCCUACCUCACCCCAGAUGCCCGAGACCUCGUCAAAAAGUUUCUGAAGCGGAAUCCCAGCCAACGUAUCGGGGGUGGCCCCGGGGACGCUGCUGAUGUGCAGAGGCACCCCUUCUUCCGGCACGUUAAUUGGGAUGACCUCCUGGCCCGCCGCGUGGACCCCCCUUACCGGCCCUCCCUGCAGUCGGAGGAGGACGUGAGCCAGUUUGACUCCCACUUCACGAGGCAGACGCCGGUGGACAGUCCAGAUGACACGGCCCUCAGUGAGAGCGCCAACCAGGCCUUCCUGGGCUUCACGUACGUGGCGCCCUCCGUCCUGGACAGCAUCAAGGAGGGCUUCUCCUUCCAGCCCAAGCUGCGCUCCCCCAGGCGCCUCAACAGCAGCCCCAGGACCCCCAUCAGCCCCCUGAAGUUCUCGCCCUUUGAGGGAUUCCGGCCCAGCCCCGGCCCACCGGAGCCCCUGGAGCCCCCCCUACCCCCUCUCCUGCUGCCGCCGCGGCCGCCACGGCCGCCACCGCCGCCCUCGAGCACUGCCCCCCUCCCCAUCCGACCCCCCUCAGGGACCAAGAAGUCCAAGAAAGGCCGUGGGCGCCCCGGGCGCUAAGAGGGUGGGUGGAGAUGAGGGCAGUGGGACCCCGGGCCAGUUCCAGAGACCUAGGGCUGUGCCUAGGGGUACAGGAGCGAGUGUGCGUGAGUGUGUCUCUGCUGGGGGUGGCCGUACCCCUGAAUCAUGAACACGAAGGACUGCAGACUACGGCUGCCAGUCGAGGGGGGCAGCCCCCCUCACCUCCCGCAGUUGAACUGUGCCCUUGGAUUAUUAAAGUAUUCAAUC